AUGAGCCAAAGCCUGGAGCCCAACUUCACAUCUGAAGACAUCCUGAACUGGACUUUUCUGAAUACAUCUGAGGAUUACUACUUUCCACAGCCCAACAUUACAUAUGUUGGAUACUAUUUGCACCAGCCAUCUGUUGCAGCUGUUUUCAUUAUCUCCUAUUUGCUCAUUUUUCUCGUGUGCAUGGUUGGGAACGGAGUGGUUUGUUUCAUUGUGCUGCGAAGCAAGAACAUGCGGACAGUUACCAAUUUAUUCAUUUUGAACCUUGCAGUCAGUGACCUUCUUGUCGGAAUUUUCUGCAUGCCAACAACCCUUCUGGAUAACAUCAUUACUGGAUGGCCUUUUGGAAGUUUGGUGUGCAAAAUGAGCGGAAUGGUCCAAGGCAUAUCUGUGUCAGCAUCAGUCUUUACCCUCGUGGCAAUUGCUGUUGACAGGUUCAGAUGCAUUGUUUACCCCUUUAAGCAAAAGUUGACGAUAUCAACAUCAACAUUAAUAAUUGUUGUAAUCUGGGUUUUGGCAAUUGCCAUCAUGUGCCCAUCAGGAGUUAUGCUGCAAGUCACCCAAGAGCACACAAUCCGAAUCUUUACUGGAGAUGGCAGCAAAACGAAUCCCUUUUACUGGUGCAGGGAGAACUGGCCAAAUCAAGAGAUGCGGAAAAUUUACACAACUGUUCUGUUUGCCAACAUCUACCUUGCUCCGCUUUCCUUGAUUGUGAUUAUGUAUGCUCGUAUUGGCAUCACUCUUUUCAAAACAACAGUUCCUACUACAGUGGGUAAACCCGGACAGGAGAACCGUCACGCAGUGUCGAAAAAGAAACAGAGGGUCAUCAAGAUGUUACUCAUUGUCGCCUUACUCUUCAUUUUGUCCUGGUUGCCUCUGUGGACUCUCAUGAUGCUCAGUGACUAUGCUAGCCUCACCGAAUACCAGUACAGGCUGAUAAACAUAUACAUUUAUCCUUUUGCGCACUGGCUGGCCUUCUUCAACAGCAGCGUCAACCCCAUCAUCUAUGGCUUCUUCAACGAAAACUUCAGAAGAGGAUUUGAGGCGGCGUUCAAGUUGCAGCUGUGCGCAGCGGACAUGGAGCGGAGGAAGACAUACUCACACAGGGUUCAAGGGAAUGCUGUACUACCGACCAACGUGCAGCUCUCAGCAGAUCAAGUGUCAUUCAACGGUCACGAGAACAACAGUUUCAAGAGGAACAACAAUGUGAAAGAACCAGACUUGGUCAUGGAAGACUUAGAAAAGGUAUCAACACUAAGCAGCGUGAAAAGGAUUUAA